AUGUCUGACUACUGGGCACGACGCGACCGCCUUAUUCUUGAAGAUAGAGCACAACGCGUCGACGUCGAGAAGCUCCGUACCCUGUCCGAUAUCGAGGCGCAGGCAGAGCAAAUCAUUCGGCAGAUCCGUGUAGAGGAGGCGGCGGCUGUAUGGGGUGUAGGGAGUAGAUCUGUCUUUGAAUACAACCCGGUGGAAGACAGCCCGAAUGUGUUCCCUGGCAUGGCAUUCUUGACUGAUCCAUGUACGAUAAUCAUAUUUGUCCAAGCACGAGAGACAGUGGCCAACACUAAGUUGUUCAAAAUAUUGAACAGGAUGCCGAAGGGAGCAUUGCUCCACGUCCACCUCGACGCGACGGUCAACGUCCGCAUUCUGCUCGAGCUGGCGCUCGCUCAGCCCGCCAUGCACGUCCGCACCCUCACGCGCCUGACUGUAAGCAACAUUAAGGCAAGGCUGCCCAUGUUCAAAGCUCUCCCUCCGGAUCAAAUCGCCAGCUUCUCAUCGCUGACCGAUGAGUCGUAUCCUGGCGAGGAGUGGGUGCCGCUACACCGUGCAAGGGAGACAUUCGAUGCCAGCCUCGGAGGCUCGGCCGGAUUUGACGACUGGGUUGUCGGUGCGCUGAUGAUCAAUCCAGCGGAAGCGUACGGCAGGUUUAACACCCCCAUGAAGAUCUGGGCCAAGUUCUCGAGUACAUUUAGGAUAUGCCAUCCACUAGUCUACCACACGUCCAUUUGGGGCGAAUAUAUACGCCGAUUUAUUCUAUCCUCAAUCGAAGAUGGCAUUUCGUAUAUAGAGGCACGAAUAAACUUCCUAUCACGGUACAUGACAGGUCCAGAUGGCGAGGAGAAUGUGCCGCAUAGGGAGUGGUUGAUCAUGUAUGACCGGAUCGUCAAGGAUGUAAAGGAGGAGCUCCGGCCACAAGGACGCGAAGACGAGUUCGUCGGUUCUCGGAUCAUCUAUACCACCAUCCGAGUCGUGACUCCGGAGGAGCUUGAAUGGUACCUCGAGGAUUGCUUGGCGCUCAAGCAAGAGUUCCCGCAUCUCAUUGCAGGCUUCGACCUCGUGGGGCACGAAGAUUCGCUGCGACCGCUCAUCGACUACAUCGAACCACUCACGCGUUUCGUGGAGCGCCAGAAGGAGGUCGGUGUCGAGAUCCCGUUCAUCUUCCAUGCAGGCGAGACGCUGGGCGACGGUGAUGCGCCUGAUAUGAACCUGUACGACGCGAUACUGCUUGGGACGAAGCGGAUCGGCCAUGGGGUUUCUCUCGUCAAACAUCCACGACUGAUGGAGAUCUGUAAGGAGAGGGAUAUUGCUGUCGAGAUUUGCCCCAUCUCGACCGCUCGCUCGCAGCGUCUGACGUCUUCCAUGCCUGCACACCCACUACCGAUCCUUGUUAACCACGGAGUACACAUUGCCCUGUGCUCUGAUGACCCAGCAGUUUUCGGCAACAUGGGCCUAUCUUUCGAUUUUUUCCAGGUACUUGUCGCGAGUGAGGUGACGGGGCUGAUCACUCUAGGCGAGUUCGCGAAGGAUAGCAUCAAGCACUCGACGCUAGACAAAGAUGAGCAGAGAAGGGCCCUCGCCUUGUGGGAAAUCCAGUGGCAGAAGUUCCUGCGUUGGGUUGUCGAGCAGCAGAUGAUUUUUGUUUUGUACAUCUUUUUGCCGAUCUCAACAUCGGCUGAUCUGUGGGACAUAAUGCUCAAGUCGACACUCUGGGCAGUCAUAGGUUUCCGCCGUCGCCGCUGGAUGGUUGCGUGCAAACCUCUCCCGUUCAGCUGUGCUCUCCGAAGGACCCACAAUCCUUCCACUGACAACGCCGAGUCUCGCAGAGACAGCCCAAUACUUAUGCUGCAGUUGAUCGCAACGACAGAUGCGGGAACGUCUGGAGGGCUAUCAGCUUGCUCUAAUGACAUUGCACCUGAGCGCCGAAUCAUCAUGCUGGCGAUGGAUGCCAAGCUGGGCUUCAAGACGACUUUUUACUCACCCUACACCAUACUAGCCAAUGCGUCACCUGGGUCCGUCGACAGCUCAGUCUGGGAUACAAGCUCAGCUUGCUUCGCCCUCGCGCAUAGCACUGUCGCCGAUGCCGCUCUUGUCAACGUCAGCCCUACGCUUUGUACUGCUUCAUACCUCUAUCUGUCGCACACUGCUCGUCGCCUUCAUUGGGGUAGACUGAAGGACCUGCUCCUUCUACCCUGA